UCGGCGAGGCCCGGCGGGAGGGCGGCUGCGAUCCGCCGCGGCCGGCGAUGGGAGAUGGAGGGAGCUGGCGGUGCGGCAGAAACACUUGUGCGGGAUAAUGACAUAUCAGCUCAUGCCCAGAAUGUUGCCAAGGCCAAAUAUGAAUUUUUGUUUGGCUUGGAAGAAGAGAAGCCUUCAGGAAUGGGUAGUGGCCAUGGAAGCAGCAGUUUGCCUCCUCAUACCAUCAUCAAUGAAUUUCCAGAGUAUGGCACUGUAGAGUCGAGCAGACAAGCUCCAUCAGCUCUAUCGACGUGCCAGGCCGAGCCUGUAACACACAGUCCAGAAAGAUGGGACAGUCACCACCAUGUCAGGCCUAUUCCUCAGUGCGCAGCUCCUGCUCAUAAUUUGAGGCCUGAUGCAGGGGCAGUGCAGCUUCACACCCCCGAAGAAGGUUUGCAACCCGCGGGUAAUCUGCCAGAGAUUAUGAAAAUCUCUCGACAGCUAGAAGCAACAAAGGUGCAAGAAAGAGCAAAUACUUCUCUCGAUUCAGAGACGCAAAUGGAAAAAAAGAGUGUUACUGGCAGCCAAAAUGUGCAGGCAGCCAGAGAACCAGUUCCAACAGGCCAAGAAAAACUCUCAGACAUGCUUCUUCCAUCUGAAAGAACAGCUGAGGAAAAAAAGUAUUUGAUCGUAGAGAAAGAUCUGGCUUCAGUACAGGCUGGAGAAAAGCAGUCAGAAUCCUCACAAGCCGUAAGUAAUAAAGCAGAGGAGGUCCACGCAGCUCAGGAACCAAGCUGUCACAAGUCAUCUGUGACAAACCUGGAAGCAGUCAGCAGAGUGGAGAGGGGGACACGUUUUGAGGAGUUUUCAGAGCACAAUCAAGGCAAAAUGCAAACAGGUACUGAGGGAAGGCUUGCUAAAGAGGCAGCUGUGAGUAAACAUGUAGAAUUUCAAGGUGUGGAGAUCUUACGGCUGCAAAAAGCUGAGGAGCAGAGAAGAAGGAAGCACUCACUGCUGGACUCUGUGUCUGUGGAGAGGAAGGCAUUCGCCAAAACAUCCAGCCACUCUGUGUCACCAAUGGUCUCCCCAGCCUUGCUUUCCUUGCCAGACAGUGCGUGGAAUGAGGUCUGUGAAGACCCAAGGCUGGAACCUGCUGCUUCUGGAGCCACUCCUCUACCACUGCUCGAAGAAAGCAGGAUGGAUGAAGUUUCUGUGAAGGACAGGAAGAACUGUGGUGAGGAGGAGAUGACUGUGAUUGCAAGAGGCCAGGGCAGGAUGAUGGAGGAGGGGGAAGCUGCCACAGGAGGAUAUGAAGAUUUUCUUGGGCAGAGGCACUCUGACGUCUCCACUGAUCUGUACAGCUCACAGUUUGAAAACAUCCUAGACAAUGCAUCUUUGUACUACAGUGCGGAAUCUCUGGAGACAUUGUACUCGGAGCCCGAUAGCUACUUCAGCUUUGAAAUGCCACUCACUCCCAUGAUCCAGCAGCGCAUGAAGGAGGGUGGACAGUUUUUAGAUAGGACAUCAGCCGUGGGGCAGACAGAUGUCCCUGACAGGGAGGUGAAGGGAUGUGGUGAAGGCAUUGCCAAUGGCUUAAGGGAUGUAAGCGAAACACUCUUCAGAGGAGACAUCACAGAAGUCCCUCGUCUGGAAAGCAAUGUUGACCUACAGAAUGUGGUGUUAGACUCCAGUGCAGCCAUGGGGAGCAGUGAACUUCAGGAGAAAGAUGCCACUGGAGCCCUUGGCCACGACCUCAGCAAUGGCAGCAGCAGCAAUUUGGAAGCAGCCAGGCGCCUGGCUAAGCGCCUCUACCAUCUGGACAGAUUCAAACGCUCUGAUGUAGCAAAACAUUUGGGUAAAAACAAUGAAUUCAGCAAGCUUGUGGCUGAAGAAUAUCUUAAAUUUUUUGACUUCACAGGCAUGACGCUGGACUGUUCUCUCAGGAGUUUCUUUAAAGCCUUUUCACUUAUUGGAGAAACUCAGGAACGAGAGAGAGUUUUAAUCCACUUCUCCAGCAGAUACUACCAGUGCAACCCAAACGCCAUUUCUUCUCAAGAUGGAGUUCACUGUCUCACGUGUGCCAUGAUGCUGUUGAACACAGACCUCCAUGGCCAUAACAUUGGGAAAAAGAUGACCUGCCAAGAAUUCGUUGCUAACCUCCAGGGGAUGAACGAUGGCAAAGACUUCCCGAGAGGGCUCUUGAAGGCCCUCUACAAUUCAAUCAAGAAUGAGAAGUUGGAAUGGGCAGUGGAUGAAGAAGAGAAAAAAAAAUCUCACUCGGAUGGUGCAGAUGAAAAGGAUAAUGGGAACCAGACAAAGGCUGUCAGUCGAAUUGGCAAUUCAAAUAACCCAUUCCUGGACAUCCCUCACGACCCCAAUGCUGCCGUGUAUAAAACUGGAUUUCUGGCUCGGAAAAUCCAUGCAGAUAUGGAUGGAAAGAAAACUCCCCGGGGAAAACGAGGCUGGAAAACCUUUUAUGCUGUGCUGAAGGGAACAGUCCUGUACUUGCAGAAGGAUGAAUAUAAGCCAGAAAAGGCUUUGUCGGAGGAAGAUCUGAAGAAUGCCGUUAGUGUGCACCAUGCGCUGGCAUCCAAGGCAACAGACUAUGAGAAGAAACCCAAUGUCCUCAAGCUUAAAACAGCAGAUUGGAGAGUCCUGCUUUUCCAAGCCCAGAGCCAAGAAGAAAUGCAGACCUGGAUCAACAAGAUUAACUGUGUGGCUGCUGUCUUCUCUGCACCACCAUUUCCAGCGGCCAUUGGCUCUCAGAAGAAGUUCAGUCGCCCACUCCUGCCAGCCACCACAACAAAGCUAUCUCAGGAUGAACAGCUGAAGUCCCAUGAGGCUAAGCUGAAGCAGAUCUCGACUGAGCUUGCUGAACAUCGCUCCUAUCCUCCUGACAAGAAGCUCAAAGGCAAGGAAGUAGAUGAUUACAAACUGAAGGACCACUAUCUGGAGUUUGAGAAAAAUCGCUAUGAGAUUUAUGUUGGCCUACUGAAAGAAGGGGUGAAGGAGCUGCUGAGCGGAGGAGAGAACGAUGCGCCAGGACUGAAGAAAUCACACUCAAGUCCUUCUUUGAAUCAGGAGUCGCCAGUUAGUGCCAAGCUUGAGUGAUUGCGCCUUGCAGAACUGAGAUGUGAGUGAACUGCAGCUCAGAAUGAAAUGAAGGAGACCACCGUGUAACCUUGCUUUGGACGACCUGCAGCCCUGUAAUCUUUUUUCGAGUACUGGGCUUCUCCCUUGGGUUUCCUGCCCUCCAUGGUGAUGGGAAGAUGUGGGUGAGCACUGUCAGUUUCAGAGUCACAGUUAAGAAGUGUCAUUUACCCACCACCUGAGCUGUUGCUAUGUUGUUUUCCCUUAGGCUGAGAAAGAGGACUGAAUUUUCAGUCGAUGUUGCUUGGUAUCCAAUGGGGAAGCAUAACUUAGCAGUGGUGAUGCAGAAAAACAUUUUGCACAUGUGUGUACAUACACCUUAGACAUCUCUUGUGUGCAGAACUAACGUUACAACUUGACAACAGUCUUUGCAAGACCUUUCCUCUGGGUGGUCUCCAAUUGCUUCUGUGAUGUGUAGGAACCUUAUUUCUGGUAACCUUGAAUUCAGUUUACUCUCAUCACUGAAUUGCUGGAGUGUUUUUCAUGUAAUACACUAGAGACAUUCCCAGUCUCACCAUUUUGUGGUAACUUCUUGGUCUGCUGUGAAGCAACAGCACUGAGGUAGCCAUUAAGUCUUUUCCAGCAGCAUGGAACUUGCUGUUCUGACUCUUGGGGAGGUCAUCAUCUCAGGUUUGACACUAUCCUACUACCAGGACACCCUGUUUUGUCCCUGGGAAUAGGCAUGGCCAGAAAAGCAUACUGGGUGGUUAGAGUCAGAGUUGUGCAGACUUAAGUCAAGCCCUGAUUCAGGGAAGAUUUUUCCAUGUGCUGCUGAUGUCCAUAAGGACUCAAACAUAUACUUGCUUACACAGAGAUGCUUUCCUGAAGCAGAGUUGUCACUCUUUUCUACAGGUAUCACAGGAUGCCCUCCCUUAUUCUGCUUCAUGUAUCUGGUACUAGAAUGAUCAUUUCCUGAUAAAUGAAGGCACUUAAUCAGUCCUCUUCCCCUUGGAAGAAGGACUUUUGGGGAUAUUGUUAUAUCAUUUAAAAUAAUAUUUUGGAAUUUAAGUUUACAUUGCUUUAUUUUUCACUUGAGGUGACUGUAUAUAAAUAUUUUCCUCUAUUUUAUCAUUGCUGAUAAAGUAAGCCUACAGUAUACAGACAAAUAAUUUGCCUUUGAUGUAUUGAAACUGUGAGAUAAAAAGUAGAUUUCUCUCUUGUGUCCAUGUUCCUGACUAUAACUCUGUUCCUCUGUGUUUUUAUAAGUUGGAAUAAAUGUUGCUUACGGGCAACAAAGAGCCUGCAAGCUUCCCAAUAAUUUUUGUCAUUGAACUCAAGCAACCCUAUUGAAGGAUCUCACAUAUGUAUAAUGAUAUAUGUAUAUGUACAAACUUUAGAAAGAAAUAAACCAAAUGUAUUUCA